CAGCCGGCUGCAGCUCUCAUCUCCAGCCCUGGCAUUUGCCCGAGGAACCCCGGCCGUCUUCCCCAGCAGGCUCUGUGGCUCUGUUGAGAAUCAUGCUCGGGAGGCAGCUCGUCUGUUGGCACCUGCUGGCUUUGUUUUUCCUCCCAUUUUGCCUCUGUCAAGAUGAAUACAUGGAGGUGAGCGGAAGAGCUAAUAAAGUGGUGGCGAGAAUAGUGCAAAGCCACCAGCAGACUGGCCGUAGCAGUUCCAGGAGGGAGAAAGUGAGAGAGCGGAGCCAUUCUAAAACGGGGACUGUGGAUAAUAACACUUCUACAGAUCUCAAAUCCCUGAGACCAGAUGAGCUACCGCACCCCGAGGUAGAUGACCUAGCCCAGAUCACCCCAUUCUGGGGCCAGUCCCCGCAGACCGGAGGACUGCCCCCAGAUUGCAGCAAGUGUUGCCAUGGAGAUUACAGCUUCCGGGGCUACCAAGGACCGCCUGGACCUCCCGGCCCCCCCGGCAUUCCGGGAAACCAUGGAAACAAUGGCAAUAAUGGAGCCACAGGCCAUGAAGGGGCCAAAGGUGAUAAAGGAGACAAAGGUGACCUGGGGCCACGAGGGGAGCGGGGGCAGCAUGGCCCCAAAGGAGAGAAGGGCUACCCGGGGAUUCCUCCAGAAUUGCAGAUUGCAUUCAUGGCCUCUCUGGCAACUCACUUCAGCAACCAGAACAGUGGAAUUAUCUUCAGCAGUGUUGAGACCAACAUCGGAAACUUCUUUGAUGUCAUGACUGGUAGAUUCGGGGCCCCAGUAUCAGGUGUGUACUUCUUCACCUUCAGCAUGAUGAAGCAUGAGGAUGUUGAGGAAGUGUAUGUGUACCUCAUGCACAACGGCAACACUGUCUUCAGCAUGUACAGCUAUGAAGCAAAGGGGAAGUCAGAUACAUCCAGCAAUCAUGCAGUGCUGAAGCUGGCCAAAGGGGAUGAGGUUUGGCUGAGGAUGGGCAAUGGCGCCCUUCAUGGGGACCACCAGCGCUUCUCCACUUUUGCAGGCUUCCUGCUCUUUGAAACUAAGUAAACCUAUCAAGAUACCAGCUCUACUUUUGGGAGACUUGUAGCUGAGCUGGUAUUUUUAUGAUCUGAGGGACAUUAGAGUUGAGGGUUCUACAUGUUGGUUUUUCCAAAAACAAUUUUUAAAAUUUUAUUGGUUACAUUGCUAAUCAUGCUACAGAAACACCAGUAAUGUGGGAUGACUCAGGGGCUCCAAACAACAAACCAUAGAAGUCUUCCCAAGUGACCUUGACUAAUACACUAAUACACUCAGUACCUUUAUCACUCUUACCUAGGCACCGAAAAGAGAAUUCCCCUCCUGACACAGGUUGGAAAGAAUUGUUCCCAUCAAAAAAGUCAUUCACGAAGAGGUUUGGUUGCUCUAGUUUUAAUUUAAUAGCAGCUUUCAGGAACCCCUGAGGUUUGGGGUUCAUAAAUCUUCAUAACAUUACAAAGAAUAGGGUGAAUUCAUUAUGACGGGGCCUGGGCAAGAACAGGGGCGCUUGCCAGGACUGAGGUAUCAGAGACAUUCACAAAGCCUAGACUGGGAAGUAACACUUUGAUCCAGUGGGUCAAUAUUUAUGAAUAAAGUAUAGUUGUGUUUUAGUAAUUCCAGAUAGCUUUAAGAUAGCAAAAGUGUUCACAAUGCCCAAAAGUAACUGACUCCUCCUUUUUUAUAAGGAUACUGCUGUAAUUAAAUCUUGACUUGUAGUUUUGGUAAUAGAAUUUUCUCAUGAUCCAGAAUUGUUUUAAUCAGAUCUGGCUUAACCAGAUUGACUCUCUUCCAUUGUGUUUCCUUAAUUACAAUAGAUCUUUGUUGACUCUGACCAGCUGAGGUGAGCUGAGCUACAUAUAGUACUGAUAUAAUCACCUUUUCUCUCAGUUUAGAAAUUAUCCUGAUAAAUGUUACACACACUGAUACGUCAGGUUGAAGGAGCUGUAAACUCAGUUAUACACAAGCCAACUAUUGGAUGCAAAAUAUAAGGGCAUUCCACAUAGGACACAUACAAUAAAAUCUCUUAACCUUCUUUUAAAUAAAAAAUGAUAUGGCUUCAUUGAUCACCAUAUUUAAUCAAUUUUCACAGAGCAGCUGUUGCCACUUGACUUUUGCCUAUCUCUCCCCCAAAAAAUCAUUCUCAAAGACUAAAUUUGCCACCAGAAUGACAUUCAUAGGAAUGUGCCAUAACUUCUGAAGAUAAUACCCAAAAUUAUUUUAAGCAAAGAAAACAUCAUUGGAAUAUGUGUUUACCCUGCUGUUGAAUCAUAUUAAAAAUGCACUAGAGAUAUGCCUAUCUAACAAUAUCAUAUAAUGAUUCCCCUAGAAGUAAUUAGCCUGUAAGUUAUUUUUUUGUUAUAAUUUGCAUUCCACAAAGACUUUUAGCUCUAAAAAAUCAACACCUUAGUGUGUUCCAUGUUCAUCACAUCAGCCUUUGACCUUUACCUUUGAUCUAUAAAUAUCUAAAAACUUUUCCUGAACCCAAGUGCAAUGCUCUUUUAAAGCAAAUGGAUAUUAACCAAGUGUGUUUGACUGGUUGGAAAUGUUUCUGUAAUGUUACAAAAGUCCCCUCAUACCUCCUCAGGGCUGUGAGUCAUGGGGUUGAGGUUUACUAUUGCCCAAUUUCAUAAAUAUUUUGUAGUAAUGCACUGCCAAUAGGUAUUUGAAUGUGGUGUUGUCCAAAGAGAUUUCAUAUCUAAAGGAUAUACAUUACUAAUAAAGUGCUUUAGGGAAAGAUAUUGGCUUGGCUUUAGAUAAAACUGAGGCAAGAAAAAUGAGAUAAGCAUUAUAUGGAAAUAAAUACACCUUUGUUAAAUGUACUGUUUUGUAAUGUUCUUAAUAAAACUGAAUAGUCCUACAA